AUAAAUCUCACCCCUACAUUCACCCUAAUAGUAUUCAUUAUUCUAAUUAUCCCGAUUAUUAUAUCAACCACACACAUUUACCAAACCAAACUUUACCCACAGUACAUUAAAACAGCAAUUUCAUAUGCAUUCACUAUCAGCAUAAUUCCAGCCUUAACAUUCAUCAAUUCAAAUCAAGAAAUUAUAAUUUCCAACUGACAUUGAAUUACAAUCAACUCUAUAAAAAUCACACUUAGUUUCAAACUAGAUUACUUUUCACUAAUCUUCAUUCCAGUAGCACUAUUCGUAACAUGAUCAAUUAUAGAAUUCUCUAUUUGAUACAUAGAAAUAGACCCUAACAUCAACCGAUUCUUCAAAUAUCUACUAACUUUCCUAAUCACAAUAAUUAUCCUAGUUACAGCCAACAACCUGUUCCAACUAUUCAUUGGCUGGGAGGGAGUUGGAAUUAUAUCAUUCCUACUUAUUGGCUGAUGAUAUGCACGAACAGACGCUAACACCGCAGCCUUACAAGCUAUCCUAUACAAUCGUAUUGGAGAUAUCGGGUUUAUUCUAACUAUAGCAUGAUUCCUCAUUCACUCUAAUUCAUGAGACUUACAACAAAUCAUAAUAACCUCUACAGAAACUAACACUCUACCCCUAUUAGGUCUUCUACUAGCCGCAACAGGAAAAUCUGCCCAAUUCGGCCUUCAUCCAUGACUACCAUCAGCAAUAGAAGGCCCAACACCAGUCUCAGCCCUACUACAUUCAAGCACAAUAGUUGUAGCAGGAAUCUUUCUACUAGUACGAUUCCACUCACUAUUAGAAAACAACAAAACUAUUCUAACACUUAUACUAUGCCUAGGUGCUCUAACAACCCUAUUUACAGCAAUCUGUGCACUUACACAAAACGAUAUUAAAAAAAUUGUUGCAUUCUCAACAUCAAGUCAACUAGGCCUAAUAAUAGUCACACUAGGAAUCAACCAACCUUACUUAGCAUUCCUACACAUCUGCACCCACGCAUUCUUUAAAGCCAUACUCUUUAUAUGCUCAGGAGCAAUCAUCCACAGCUUAAAUGACGAACAAGACAUCCGAAAAAUAGGUGGCCUUUACAAACCUUUACCACUAACAUCCUCCGCACUAAUUAUUGGUAGCUUAGCCCUAACAGGCACCCCAUUCUUGACAGGAUUCUACUCCAAAGACCUUAUUAUUGAAGCAGCAAAUACAUCCUACAUCAACGCCUGAGCCCUAUCACUUACCUUAAUCGCAACUUCCAUAACAGCUAUCUACAGCUCUCGAAUUAUCUUUUAUGCUUUAAUAGGCCAACCACGAUCAACCACACUUAUCUUAAUUAAUGAAAAUAACCCAUCUCUAAUCAACGCCAUUAAACGAUUAAUAUUCGGCAGCAUCUUUGCAGGUUUCAUCCUAUCAAACAGCAUCAACCCAACAACUAUCCCACAAAUAACAAUACCUAUUUACCUUAAACUAACCGCCCUAUCUGUUACCCUACUAGGCUUUAUACUGGCAAUAGAACUUAACCAAAUAACACUCUACCUUAAAUUCAACUACCCUUCUAACACCUUUAAAUUCUCAAAUAUACUAGGAUUCUACCCCCAAAUUAUACACCGCCUAUACCCAUUCCACAGCCUAAACAUCAGCCAAAAUAUCUCAUCAAACAUUAUCGACUUAACAUGACUGGAAAAAACAAUACCAAAAAACCUAGCAAAUUAUAACCUCAUAGCAGCUACUAUAACCUCAAACCAAAAAGGCAUAAUCAAAUUCUACUUCAUAUCUUUCCUUAUUUCCCUUUGCCUAGCCUUAACAUUCUUACUUUAA